UCCCGGGAUACGACCAGCUGCAGCCGUUCUCAAUUCGGAUCAGCUUCGCGAGACCAGACGAGACCAGACCGGACUGGACCGGACUGAAUUCGACCCCGUCCACUCGCCAUGCCGGCCCCAGCCGUCCCAGAGAUCUCAGAGGAGACACUCCACGAGUCCAUCGAUGCCCGCACCGAGACCUUGAUAUCCUUACGCGAACUCGGCCCGCCCGAUCUCGUUCACCUUCUCAAGCAGAAUCCCAGAAGCACCGGGAAACAGACGGGCGUCUACCACCAUGUCACCGGCGUCGAUGCAUCAUCGUCCGCGAGUCUCGCUGCCUACAUCAACACCCUCACGUACAGUGACUCCAGCCAGGCCGCCACCCACAAGAUCGUAGAGGGCCUAUACUGCUGCUACAAUGCCUUCUCCCGACACGACAUGCGCGUCCACGUUACCAUCCCCGGCACCGUCGAGGCCUACUGCGUCGACGAAAAGGGCGAGAAGCGGAAAGCUACCGACGAGCUGUGGCUCGAGACCUACCUCUGCAGUGUCCUGCGUGCCUAUUCCUAUGCCGAUGACGGAAGCGGCGACACCAUAAGAAAGAUCAUGGGCGUGAGGCGAUUCAACCCCGUGACCAACACCGAGACCGAGCAUCGCUUUCUCAGCGCCGCCGAGAGUCUCUUCUUCCGAGGCUGGCAAUUGGGCUCCGAUUCGGUAGUCCAAGCUCCCAACAACGUCUCCAACCACCUGACCGCUGGCCUGCUCAGAUAUUUUCACACCACCGGUCGCUUCGCGUCCGCCAUUAACCUUUUCGAGAAGCUGAGGACGCAGAACGUUGAAGUGUCUUCCCUUCUUGCCAAGGUCUUGUUCAUGGGCAACGAAGAAGUCCAAGGCGUGCGUGUCUUAUACCAGGCGCUCAAGAACUCGCCGAUGGACUACGUCAUGCUCGACACCCAGGCCGAGUUCCUGCUCAAGAAGGCACUAACCGCCGCGACUCCGGCCCAGAAAGAGGAGAGGCUUAAGAUGGCUCUAGGUUGCGCCGAUCGCAGUACCAUUGCCGCACCGAGCGAAUUCGGCACCUGGGCACGGCUGGCACAAGUUUAUGUCGCCAUGGAGGAUUGGGAGAACGCCCUUACCAUCCUGAACUCGUGUCCGAUGUUUACCUACCAGGACAAGGACGCGCCGGCCAUGCCGGAGCCAAAGGAUGUCUACUUGCCUACGUUGCCCGAGACUCGCCUCGACGAGAUCGAUAGCGAGCCAGAGUCGCGAUUCUCCGAACAAGUAGACCCAAGUCUCCUCAACCUUCGCGCGGCUACGUACCGGGGCACGUUUAAAUUGGCCUACGGAAUUCUCACGGAGAUGACCGCUAAGAUUGGCUGGGACCAAUUGCUCAAGAUCCGGAGCAAUGUCUUCGUGAUGGAGGACGAGUACCGGAGCGAAAAGCAAGAUAGUGUCUCGCAGCCGACGAAACGCAACCCAAGCACUGACGCACUACGGGGGACUCCGGAACCCCCAACCAACGGUGAUAAGACGGAGGAAGAGGAGAAGGAGGAGGAGAGCGAAUCCUCCGCCGACUCUACCGUGCCCACGUUGACGAACGGUCACGGUGAAGGAAAUCCGGUAGAAAAGCCAACGCACACCAUCGAUCCCGGCGAGGUAAAAGCCGACGGAGACACCACCGCAAGUACUGACGAGCAUCUUUCCCGCCUGAAUAAUAAGCGCCUCUGCGAACGAUGGCUCGACAGCCUCUUCAUGGUCCUGUAUGAGGACUUGCGCGUGUAUACGAUAUGGAGGACGCAGGUGGCCCAACAUAGGGCUCAGUCGAUGCAGUACAAGAAGUCUGCGGAGGAGUGGGAGAUUCUUGGCGCGCUAGCCGAGCGGCUGCAACAUCGCGACGAAGCGGUCGAGGCGUACAGCGCGUGCCUGGCUGCGCGGUUCAGCCCGAAAGCGCUCGCGGGUAUCUUGAGAGCUUUGGAGAAGCAGAAAAGCACGAGGGAUACCGUGGGUGCGGUGAUCCGCCUCGUGACGUGGCAGUACCGUUGGUAUUCCGAGUUCUCGCCUGAACUACUGCACACCAUCCGCGCAUUGAUCGAAGAAGAGGGCGCGGUCAAGGUUCGAUCCAUCAUCCAAGCGACAAGCCUGCCGCAAAGCGUGCUAGAUUUAACCCACCACUACGCGGCCUUAUGUGCGACAUUCCGAAGCAACGGGACGGACGGCUGACAACUAAACAGUCCCGUAGGGACGUGAUGUAGGGGGAGGAUGCGAUGCCCCUCGGAUGAUAUCCAUGUUUGUUUAUGGUUGGUGCUGACGAGGAACUUGAAGCAAGUCGGGGAUGCUCGAUACGACCGGGGCGGGUUCUAGAGGCUCGACUUAAUUAGACGUCUAGCUGUGCUA